UCUUUUAACCGUUUAUCGUCAUUAUCAUCGUCAUUGUGUGAAAAAAAUACUUCAGCUUUUUCAGACUUUUUUCAAGAAUCCCUUUUGUUUUAGGAUUACAUCAGUUUGGUGCGUUUGUCUGUCUGUUAAACCGUUUUGUUUUAUCUUGUUUCCAUGCUUUUAUGAUAUGCAAAGAUAGUGAACAAUUCAAUUGAUUUAUAUCCCAUCUUAUUCAGUAAUCUGAUCAGUUUUAUCCUUUUCAUGCUUCAUUGGAAUUCAAGUUUUGAUUAAAAUAAUUUCAACUUGUAUUUGAACAUCGCGCUCCCUUUGUUUGCUAAUUUUAAUUGGCUUGUUUUUUCCCGGUAAACUAAGGUUGGCAUCGCAUUAAAAUGGUUUCAUCUGUUAAUCAACUAACUGUACUGGUAACAUUGCUUUCCAUCGUUUUAUUUAAUCUAAUUGUUGUUUCAACAGCCUACCCGGUUGAUUGUAGUAAAUUUGUUUUCGCUCCAACAUGUCGAGGUGUUAUUGCCAAGAGGAUUAAUUCUAAUGGUUUCAAGACUAAUUCAAAGUCUACCCAAAAUGAUUUAACUGACAGAAGUGACCCAUGGCCUGAGAUGAAUCCAUCCUCAUCUUCGUACAAGAAUAUAAUCAGUAAACUGUUUCCAUCAAUGGUUAAAGAGAUGCACCCAAGCAACACCAAUUCUGGCUGGGAUAGAUUUGAUUCACUUUACCAGGGAAAUGAUGGACUACUUUUUGGAUCAUGAAGUGCAACCAUCUCAUAAGAUCCUAACUUUAUAUCCACAAAGCAAACUAAUCAAGAUCACUUAAAAAAGAGGAUAUUUGUGUUGUUUGGGUUUAAAUCAACAAAGCCAGGUAAUAAUUUGCCAUUAUCAUCAACCAAUCAAUCUCAUGGCUU